AGGUGUACCCCCCGGAGGGAGGCAGCAUGGCUCAAGCAUUCGUCAACAGCAAGAUCCAGCCUGGGAAGGUGGUCAUGUUCAUCAAGCCCACCUGCCCCUACUGCAGAAAGACUCAGGAGCUUCUCAGCCAACUGCCCUUCAAACAAGGGCUUUUGGAAUUUGUCGCUAUUACAGCCGCCAGUAACACCAGUGAGAUUCAAGAUUACUUGCAGCAGCUCACCGGAGCCAGAAUGGUACCUCGGGUCUUCAUCGGUCAAGAGUGCAUAGGUGGAUGCACUGAUCUAGUAAAUAUGCACGAGAGAGGGGAACUGUUGACACUGCUAAAGCAAAUUGGAGCUCUGCAAUAAUUACAGGUGUCUUCCCAGGCCACCAUCUCCACCCCACCCCAUCCCUUCCUGCUUUGAAAGUCACUGCUGUGAACCACUGCCCUGAACCCUGACAACUCACAGAUCUCACAGGAAAUGUUCGAUGGUUCUGUCUGUUCUGUCUCUCAAUCCGAGAGAAACCACAUGAAAAGUUAAGCACGGUUGGUCUUCACUUUGUGCUACAGGGAUCAGAGGUCUAAAUGGAGGUGCGGUGAUCAUACGGCAACGCUGUUAGGUCAGACGGUGUCCAGGGAAUCCUGGACAAGCAUAUAUUGUUUAGAUGACACACAGAAUGAACACACAAACAUUUAAAUGUUACGCAGAAAACCUGCAUCCCCCUCCCGCAAAAAAU